AUGCAACAACAAGUCGUUUCGUUAAUGACUCUUCAUACUGAUGAUAAUAAGAUUGAUUGUUUUAGUUACAUUGUAAAACAAUGUAGUUUUUAUGUUGAAAAUUUUGGUAUUAUAGUUAAAAGAGUACUAUGUAAACCAUGGUCACAAUUAUCAAAACAAUCAAUACGGAAGAAAAAGAAACAAAAAUCGUCGAAUCCACAUACGUGUGAAACAAUCACUCCGAUCGAUGUAAUAUCCCUUUUUCAAUCGAAUAAUCUACGCCAAGCAACAUUAACUGUAACGUCAAUAGAAACCAACACAUCAAUAAAAAGAUCUAAACCACAAAUAUCAAGACAAUUAUUAGAAAGCUUAGUGAGUGUCGUUGAUCCAAAAAUGCCUUUAGCACAGAAUUACAAAGAUGAUGUAUCAUUACUUGAAUCUGAAGCUGCCUUAUCAAAAGCAAAAAUGCCGUGUCACAAUAUGGGAUUUAAUAUACAUCAAGAAACUAAUACAAAAGUUAAUGUAAGUGAAUACUUGUAA